AUGCACUCGGCCGAAACCCGCCAGCUGAUCGACCGGUACAAGAUCGGAAAGAUUGAAGAACGAUGGCACAAUCUCAUCCCUCCGAUUCAGAGAAGUCAAAAUGAGAAUGAAGAACGGAAUACAUCUCUAGCUCAAGUCAAUGACUUGACUCAUGCCCACGAACGUCAUACCCCCGAAGAGCUAGCUUUCUUGAACGCUCGAUCCAAAGAGGAGAUCAGCGUGGCACUCGAUCAAUAUCCCAGCCUCGACGUGACUACACAGUCCAACAUCAUCGAUAAAUACCGUCGUUUGCAUGAACAAGUUCAAUUGGAAGGGCUUUAUGAAUGUCGUUAUACCGCCUAUCUCUGGGAAUUAGGCCGCUGCAGCUUUCUCUUUGCCAUCAUGCUGUUCUUUCUGCAUAUUGAAUGGUACUGCACCAGCGCGAUCUUUUUAGGAUGGUUCUGGUCGCAGAUGGUCUUCGCUGCUCACGACGCAGGUCACAUAGCUAUCACACAUAAUUUCUUCGUCGACAACCUCAUAGGGAUGAUUAUCGCCGCCCCCAUCGGCGGACUAUCACUAGGAUGGUGGAAGCGUACCCACAACGUCCAUCAUCUUGUCACUAAUUCUCCCGAACAUGACCCAGAUAACCAGCAUCUCCCUUUCCUGGCUGUGAACCACCGCUUUCUAAGUAGUCUUUUCUCCACCUACCACGAGCGCCUGAUGCCGUACACGGAGUUUGCCAGGCGCAUCGUGCCCUACCAGGCUUAUCUCUACUAUGUGAUCCUGAUGUUUGGGCGCUUCAAUUUGUACGUUCAGUCAUGGCUUUUUCUCAUCUACGGCCAAGGCCCUCGCAAGGGCCGGGCGUGGUGGCACCGGUACUUCGAGAUUGGAGGCAAUUUCGUCUUCUGGGCUUGGUUCGGAUACGGAAUCGUCUAUCGCUCGCUCCCUACGGCGGGGACUCGAAUCCUGUAUGUAUUGAUCAGCCAUGCGGUGACAAUGCCACUGCAUGUGCAGUUCACGCUGUCGCAUUUUGCGAUGUCGACUGCCGAUCUGGGCCCCGAGGAGUCUUUCCCUCAGCGUAUGCUCCGAACCACCAUGGAUGUAGAUUGUCCGGAGUGGCUGGAUUGGAUACAUGGAGGACUACAGUUUCAAGCCAUCCAUCAUCUGUUCCCGCGGGUGCCUAGGCAUAAUCUUCGACGAGUGCAGAAGUUGGUUUUAGAAUUUUGUCGCGAGGUGGGCAUUCCAUAUGCCUUGUAUGGGUUUGUGGGAGGCAAUCAAAAAGUGGUGGGCAGCUUGGCUGAGGUGGGAAGACAGGCUGCAAUCUUGGCUGAAUGCAGAAGGGUUGUAGCUGACAAAAUCACGCGUAUCUGA